GAGAACCGAGGAAAAAAGCACGCUUCAAGUUACAACGGGAUUACAGCGGCAUACACGGAUGUCGUCAUUGACCGGAACGGUAGAGUUAGGACAACAGGUAAGCGACAGCGACGCGUAGCAAGAUGGUAGCAAGAAGAAGAGAUCAACUACACCGCACGUUUCACACUGAAAAUGUUGGGAGUAAAAGUACCGUUGGGGUCAGCGGCCUUCCUCGCUUUCAUCAAGCGCUCGUAUUUGGCCCGGUCUUCGUGAUAGACGUUCCAGACCGAAUCCAGAUCGAAGCUGCCCCAAGAUCCCCACAAGAAGCGCCGGUCCUUGUCGCUGAAGAUCCCAUCCGGACCCAGCACCUGCUUGUCGUUCUCUUUCUGCCAUUUCUCGGCGUCGGCCUUCUUGCUCGGAUGGUGGAAGUCGUCGAUCACCAUGAUCAUGGUCGUGUCGCGCCACUGUCGGGCAUUAGCAGCUGAGCGAGUGCAACAACGGUUACUGCUUACGCUGUAGGAAGUGCCAUUGUCGGCAUUGAGUCUGAAACGAGAAUGCUUGCCACCCAUGGCCUGCAGUUGGACCGCCAGCCACUGCCCGGUUUCCCUCGUCGGCGAGCCCAGGAUCGUGUCCAACCGCUUGGAGAGCCAAUCGGCCCAGCCGUUGGUGCUGAGGUUCGUCGCUGCGCUCGAGUAAAUGCGCUUGACGUACGGCUGCUGGAACUCGCGCUCCUUCUCGAAGAUCCACUCCGGAGUCAGCUUCGACAUCGCUUUGACCUCCAGUCCGCUGUGCAACACGGCGCCCUCCAUCAGCUUCUCGAACCAGGCUUUGUCUGGCUUUUCGUCCUUGCCGAAAGACACCCACUGCGCGUAGGUGAUGAUCAUCGGCCCGAUGCAGAGCGAAGUGCCCGGCUGGGUGAGCUGCGCAAUCUUCACUUGGUCUUCCACGCCGUUCGAUUGCGGGGCAUAUCGUCGUUGUCGCCGGUCUCCGCGAGCAGCUGGACGAUGCGCCUGAGCGUCUCGGGGGUGUAGAAAUGCAUGAUCCGGACGCCCAUCGAGCCAGCGUAGUCCGCAUCGCGGUAGACCCGGAGCGUGAGAUGGGUCAGGACCCCGAAAUUGCCCGGGCUGCCCCCAAGCCAAGCGUAGAACAGCUCCGCGUCGCUCUUCUGCGUGAUGACGCGCUCCUGCCCCUCGUGGUCGAUGAACUCAAACUCGACGAUUUGGUCGCCGAAUAGCCCAAAGCUGCGCCCGAGCUGCCCGUAGCCACCCGUCUGUGCGUGACCGCCGACGUAGACGCCAGUGCACUGCCCGUGCGGGACGAAUAGCUCGCGCUCCCCCAGGAACUUGUUGACGCUGCCCAGCGGCCAGCUAACGCUCAUGCGCACAAACGUCUUCCCGUCCUGCUCGAAGGGGCGGAAGUCGUCGGUGCUCUUGAACGUGUCGCGCAGGUCGAGCUGGAUGUUGCCCCGACCCGUGGACGACGCGCCGCUGUACUGGUGCCCGCCGCUGCGGAUCGCAACCGCCAUGCCGUGCGCGUUGGCGUACGCGAUCGUCAACUUGAUGUCGUCUUUGUCUUCUGGCAGCACGAUGAGCCCCGGGUUCAUGCGUUCGGAGUCGUCUUGAUAGCUCGAAGACGCAUAUUGGUCGACCCAGCUGCCGUGUUCGUUGCUGCCGAUUUCGUGCUGGGCGCCCUUCACGCCUUCGAUGGGACCCGGGGAGGUCUGAAUCCGGCGGACUUGAACACGAGAAAAGAGAGAGUAGCUACAAUGCUACUCACCUGAGUUUGGGCCGCACCAAACAGCGCGCCUUUGACGUUGUCAACGAUUCCCAUGUUGUUC